GGCCACUUAAUUUAUGUGUAAUGUUAGUGUUCUGUGUGUGUGUGUUUGUAUCAGACCUGGCCGAGUCAGUCCUGAGGUGUAUGCAGGCGAGUCGGCGGCUCGUGGUGGUGCUCAGUGGAGCAUGUGUGUGUGACAAGAGCAUGCAGAAGCUGGAGUGCGGGCUGUGUGUGUACCUGCAUGGCACGUGUGGUACUCCGCUCAUCACGGUGCGGUGGCGACGUGCGCUCAGGGCACCGUGCUGUCGCGAGCUCGCCGAACUGCGUCGGUGUGCCAUCUGCGUGCACUGGCAUGGCGCACAAUCCCAACACCCCACCUCACGCUUCUGGAAACGACUGCGGCUUGCGCUACCGGUCCGGCCGCUUGCGCUCGGCCCGAGACUCAUUGACAGCACAUCGUCACACUCUGACCUGGCGGCGGCGGCACUGCGGCGCACACACACUCACACACGUGCUCACCUGCACACAAGCAGCGAAAGAGCGCGUGGCUGUGCGGUGUGUGUCAGUAAACAGACCAACAGAGGAAACAGUGAAAUACAGAGCACACACUGCUGACACACACUCACACACACACAUUCGCACACACACACACAAUGCACAGGACAUUAUUGUUAUACAUAUCACAGAACAAAAAAUAUCCAUAUAGCAGUUUCUGAAUUCUAGACCUCACACUGUGAACAACACACACACACACACACACACACACACACACACACAGAGAAUUCUACAAUGUUAAUACUACUGAUAAACUACUGAGAGACUUUUAUUGAAUAUGUUGCUCUCUCUCUCUCUCUCUCUCUCUCUCUCUCUCUCUCUCUCUCACACACACACACACACACACACACACACACACACACACACACACACACACACACACACACGCGCGCACAAACAUGACAUGAUGCAAAAGGGCUAUGUAGUGCAGUAAUAAAUUGUGUGUGUAUGCGUUCUACUGUGCUGUGUUUCCUCACUCAGACACCAGAGGGCAGCACAUUACUAUCUCAGAAACAACGUGCCACUAAAAGUAAGGUAAAGACUAAAAGCUGUACUGUAUAUUUACUUCAUAAGCCUUAGGGGCAGAGCUCAUUUAUGGGCUGAAAAAAAAUGGGUCUCUGUGGUUUUUUUGAAUGGCACGAAUGUAAUACAGGAAACGAAACGCUUUCAACAAACUUGAUGUUGUGCCAAAAUCCAUUUGUGC